AUGCUCCGGCGCCUCGAGGAGCAGCCCGCGGCCCGCGCGGCCCUGGACGACGUGCGCUGCCGGGCGACGCGCAAGGGCUUUUGCCUGGAGGGCUUCGAGGACGAGGAGGACGCGGUCUACGCGUCCUUGGACGGCGCGCUGCUCAAGCGCGCGCGCGGAGCCCUGGAGGCGGCCGUCGCCGCGCGGCCGGCGCCGCGCGAGGGCUGGGCGCAGCGCAGCGGCGGCUUCCUGAGCGGCGCGCCGGGGCCCGCGGACGCCGCGGCCUUCGAGGCGGAGACCGCGAGCCGCGGCUACGCGACUUUUCUACCGGCGCGGCGCCGCCUGCCCGCGUUCAAGAUGCGCGAGGCCAUCGUCGCCGCCGUGCGGUCGGGCGCCGUGACGCUGGUUUUAGGCGCGACGGGCUGCGGCAAGACGACGCAGAUCCCCCAGUUCGUCUACGAGGACUGCGCGCGCCGCGGCGAGGCGAUCGCGGUCGUCGCGACGCAGCCGCGGCGCAUCUCGGCGGCGAGCGUCGCGGAGCGCGUCGCGCGCGAGCGCGGCGGGGCCCUGGGCGACACCGUGGGCUUCAAGAUCCGCUUCGAGGACUCCGUGACGGCGUCGUCGAAGGUCGUCUUCUGCACCGUCGGCGUGCUGCUGAAGACGAUGCAGUCGAACCCGCUCCUCGCCGGCGCGACGCACGUCAUCGUCGACGAGGUCCACGAGCGCGACGUGCACACGGACUUUUUUCUCCUGCUCGUGCGGCGCCUGCUGGCGAAGCGGAACGAUCUCAAGGUCGUGCUGAUGUCGGCGACGGUGGACCCGUCGGCGUUCCUGUCCUACUUCCCCGAGGCGGCCCACGUCCACGCGUCCCAGGAGGACGGCGCGAUUUUGGUCUUCGUGCCCGGCUGGGCGGAGAUCGCCGACGUCGUCAAGCGCCUGGAAAAAGACCGGUCCCUCGCGAUCCACGCGCUCCACAGCCGCAUGCCCUCGGCGGAGCAGCGCGCCAUCUUCGACGCGCCGCCGCCGGGGAAGCGCAAGGUCGUGGUGUCGACGGUGCUCGCGGAGACGUCCAUCACCGUCGAGGACGUCGUCCACGUCGUCGACGCGGGCAAGGCGCGGUCGACGUUCCUCAACAAGCAGAGCCUGGUGUCGGCGCUGCGGACGACGUGGUACGCCAAGGCCAACGGCCUCCAGCGCCGGGGGCGCGCGGGCCGCGUGCGCCCGGGCGCCUGGUGGCGGCUCUAUUCGUCGUUCCAGCACGCGGCGAUGGUCGACUACGCGGAACCGGAGAUGGUGCGGUCGCCCCUGGACGAGCUGUGCCUCGAGGUCGCGGCGCUCGGCCUCGGCGCGCCGGAGCCGGUGCUGGCGGAGGCGAUCUCGCCGCCGGACGAAAAAAUCGUCCGCGCGGCCGUCGACGGCCUCGUGCGCCUCGGCGCGCUGGACGCCGAGGACCGCAUGUCCCUGUCGCCCCUGGGUCGGCAGCUCGCGCGGCUCCACGUGCACCCCGUGCUCGGGAAACUGCUGCUGCUGGGCGAGCUCUUCGACUGC